AUGGGUGAUCUCCCAAAAUCCCGAGUGACACCUUCUCGUCCAUUUCUCAACACGGGGCUGGACUACGGUGGUCCUUUCAACAUCAAGGUUCAUAACCUCCGUUCAAUACGUUUGACAAAAGCGUACAUUUGUAUCUUCGUCUGCCUUGUAACAAAGGCUGUUCACAUUGAAGUAGCUAUCGACCUAUCAACUGAUGCCUUCAUUGCUGCACUAACUCGUUUUGUGUCAAGACGUGGCCUCUGCAAGAACAUAUAUUCGGACUGCGGGACAAACUUCGUUGGUGCUAAUAACGCCUUUCAAGCUCUCUUCAAGUCAGCUGAACGAACAUCUUUUCUUGAAUUUUCCUCAAACCAAGACAUUACCUUCCAUUUCAACCCCCCAGCUGCUCCUCACCAAGGUGGUCUCUGGGAAGGAGCCGUUAAGAGUGCCAAGCAUCACCUCCGCCGUGUCAUCGGCGAACAUGUCCUAACCCUCUCAGAGUUCAUGACCCUGACUACUCAAGUGGAGGCGAUACUUAAUUCGAGACCUCUCACACCAAUGUCAAACGACCCUUCAGAUGUCACUGCGCUCACUCCAGGACAUUUCUUGGUCAGAGCUCCACUUGUCUCUGUUCCUGAUGAAAAUCUGGAAGAUGUUCCUGAUGAAAAUCUGGAAGAUGUUCCUGAUAAUCGCCUGAAACACUGGCAUUUGGUCAAGGCCCUAAAUCAACGCAUCUGGAAGAGAUGGCAACUGGAGUACAUUCACACCCUCCAUCAGCGGGUUAAAUGGACUGAACAAAAUUCCAAUCUUCGCAUUGGUGACCUCGCCUUAGUACAUCAGCCUACUCCUCCUCUUUCUUGGCCGUUAGCUCGGAUUGUGGGUGUCUCCCCUGGAAAGGAUGAGGUUUUACGGGUCGUCCACUUGAAAACUCAACAAGGACUCUUGACUCGACCAGCUCACAAGGUUUUUCCUUUGCCUGCUUAUCAAGAGUAA